GGAAAAUUUCAAACGUAUCAUGCUAAAAACAUGUUGCAAGACUGCAGAAAUAUAUGACAUAAACUUAAUAUAUUUGGAAAAUGACAAGAGAAAAGAAAUUGAAGAUACAUUGUAUGAAAUUAAUGAAGAUGAUGCUGCAGAGAGCAAACGUAUGAAUGACUUAUCAAAAAUUGGUACAAAAGACCCAAAAUACUUGAUGCCGGAUUAUAUUAACUCACCGGACUGUGGCAAUGAUGAUGAUGAUGAUUUGUUCACACUUUCAACAAAAUGGGGAAAAGAAUAUUUCACUACACACUAUCCAUCAUUUGACCGUUCUAAAAGUGACAGAGACUGCCUGUUUGAAAGAGACUUCAUUCGAGAAACAGUGAAGAAAAUGGAACCCACAUUGAGACAAAUAUAUAGUGGCGAAUGCAUCAGUACUUUUAUCAAACACAGUGACAACAAAUUUGUAAUGUCAAUUAUUAACGAUCUUACAUGGAUUCAACAGGAUGAUAUGGUACAAGAACUCAUACUUUACCUAAUGGAGCUAGAAAGUGAUAUAAAUAAAAAAGCUGGUCCAAUUUUGAGUUAUACUGGAAGGAAAAUUGUUUGGCCUGAAAUAAUUGCCUCCUUAAUCAUGAGUAAAUAUGGAAUCAAAUAUGAAGCAGCUGUAAAUUGUAUAUUAGAAAGCAAGAUACCUACAUCUGAACUUACUUACAUUAAAGAAUAA